GAUUUCGCGGGGUAAAAGCACAAGGCGCAACACAAGAAGAGAGCUAAAAUAGAAAAGUGUAACACUGCGGAGGGCAGACUUCCACUCUACACACACUGAGGAGGACUGCUGGAGCCUUUUCUUUACCGGGGGGUUGAUGCUCUGGAUAUAGUGGAGGGUGAACACAGCUCCACAUACAUCUCUGUGAGGCUUUGUGGUGGUGAGUAAUAAUGAUGGCGACGGCGGGGCCUCCCAGCAACUCCAGCUUCCUCCCUCUGCUGGAGUCUCUGGAGGACGGUGCUGCCGGACAGUCGGAGCAGACAGAUGCCUACCUCACAAUCGCCAACCGGCUCAGUGGAGAAGAGGGCCGUCAGUUUCUCCCUGCAGUUGAAAAGCACUUUUCUCGUUUGGGUAAAGCCAUCUUGGCUCACAUAAGCAGUCCCAACACCGAUCUGUGCCAAGCUGCCUUGCAAGCUUUAGGGUUCUGCGUGUAUCAUUCUCACGUGGUCUCUGGAGUGCCUGAAACCUUCGCAGCAGAAGUACUAUCAGCACUUUGCUCCUUGGUGGUGAAAUCGACAGAUAAGAAUACGUGCACUAGAGCAUUAUGGGUCAUCUCCAAACAGAGUUUUUCUCCAGAUGUGGUAACUAAAAAAGUGCCGCGUAUACUGGAGGCUCUGGAGAGCGUGUGGAGCAGAGAGGAUGUCCAGUCUGUUGUAAUGGAGCAUGAAGCGUUGAACGUUGUCAUCAGGCUGCUGGAGCACGUGCCGAAGCCGAUGGGCGACGGAACGGUCCGGUGGGCGAAACUGGUCAUCCCGCUGGUGGUGCACUCUGCCUCCAAGGUGCGCCUACGAGCCGCGGCGGCCAUGGAGCUGGGCAUGCCUCUGCUGCUGGAGAAACAGACGGAUGUGGCCGGCAUCAUUGAACCGAUCAUGUCUUCGAAACUGAUCCCAGAGCUGCAAAAGCUUUUCAUGUCCAAGAAUGAAACAAACGUCCUGAAGCUGUGGCCUUUAUUUGUUAAACUUCUAGGGAAGCUGCUCCACAAAGGAGGCCCCUUCAUCAACUCCCUGCUGCAUCUGGAGGAGCUCGGUUUCCGUAGCUCGUCUCCCACCAUCAAGAAAAUCGCCUUCCUCGCCUGGAAAAGCCUCAUAGACAACUUUGCCCUCAAUCCAGACAUCCUGUGCAGCGCCAAACGUAUGAAGCUCCUGAUGCAGCCCCUCAUAUCCAUCAACGUGAAGACGGAGGCCCUGAUGCUCACCAAGGUGGAGGUCUGGUGGUACUUGGUGGUCCAGCUCGGGGCCAACCUGUCGCCCAACUUUGAUCAGGUUUCUGUCCCUCUGCUCCAGUGCACUAUUGCAGCAAACUCCUCUUCUGUCCCAGGAACACCCGCUAGAGCUGUCACUCAAAACGGCACAUCAACACCCGGCACACCUAAGACCGCUACUGCCGGCACCUCAGGCUUCAACAGCCCAGCCAACACCACCCGGAUGAGCCUGAACUCCAGCGUUCAGGUUCCCACCACCUUCCCCUCCAUCCAGGUGCUGGGGCUGGAGAUGCUGCUUCAUUAUUUCCUGGGACCAGAGGUUGUUACCACGGCAGCAAAGCACAAAGUCACCCUGAGUCUCGAGCCUUUGAACCACCCGCUCCUCUAUGCCGCCUCCUCCUUCACUAAACAUGCCGCCGUGCUCAUCUCAAACAUCAGAGAUGGCGUCACCAGCGUCGGCCAAGAAGCCCCAGAAUCCCUUUUGUCUGUCUUAUGGACCAAUCUCGUUCGUUUUGUCAGCUUAACUAUUGAGUCUGGAGGCAGUAAGAAGGACCGUCAGGGUUGUGAAGUUCUGACGCUGAUGCUUCAGGCUCUGCAGAGCAUCGUCACCUCUGAAGCUCUGCCUGCAGACAGAGUCCUGAUUCUGUUUGAAGCCACAGUGAAAGGCGUUCCCCAGAGAGUCCUCGGCUCUGCCUCCUAUCAAGUGGGCAAGAUGGACGUACUGAAUGGAACACCGGCUCUGUACAUCGUUCUUCUCCUCUUCAACAGCACCAUGCUCCCUGCAUAUAUAGAGGAUGAGAGGUUUUUCCAGUGCCUUCAGACACUUGUGGGCUGUGGCUUGUCUGGUCCCACAUCCCCUCUGGCGUUUGGGGAAGCGGUGCUGGGCGCCAUGAGCAACAGUGCUGCGUCUCUGCAGAACAAGGAGCAGCUGUUGAGGAUGUGGAGCGUGAUGGUCAGCCCGCUCACAGACACCAUCACACAGUCUAAUGAAGUCAACCAAGGUGAUGCCCUGGAGCACAACUUCAGCGCCUUGCACUCUGCCCUGCUGUUCCCAGUCACUCAUCUGCUACGUGGUGCUCCUCUACAGCAGGCGUCCCAGAAGUCCAUGCUGUCCACGUGGUCCAAGCUGUACAAGGUGUUUGCCCGCUGCUCAGCGCUGGUGGUCACAGCUGAGGAAAACAUCUGCUGUGAGGAGUUCUGUGCAAAGAUGGCCACUGCAAUCGACAAAGAUGCCCUAAUGGCUCCUUCGACAUUGAACGCCGUUGCCAGUAUCCUCCAGGUCGUGGUGGAGUGUGUGGACUUCUCUCCAUACACACCUCAUUUUCAGCAAAAGCUUAAGUCUCCUCACACUCCUGUAAUCUGGACAAGAAAGAGAAAUAAAGCUCUGGGGAACUUGUCAACCUUCCAGUCGCUGCUGAUACAAUGUCUAGACGUGUAUCUGGAGAACCCCGAGGCUUCCGCUGAUCCCACGGGAUUGGCCCUGCUCUCCAUCCUGUCUGCUCUCUUUACAAACCUGGUCCUCGCCCUCGCUGUCCAGGAGGCGCUGACAUCUCUGAUUCAGCCUCUCACUGUCUUCUACAAACAGGCAGCCACCGAGCAGCCAAAAUUCACCUCACAGAUUCUGGCAAAGUUGGAGAAGCUUCUCGCGGAAGUUCUGGGCUGCCUGCAGAGCAGCUCCACUUUGGCCUGCGAUGAUGAACUCCUGGCUCUGCUGUCUCCUCUGCUUUGUGUGGUAUUUCCUCACAAGAACAAGCAGGUCCGCACGUCAGUCGCCCACUUCUGGAACUCCACCUUCGCCAACUCUGUCAGCCUCGCUUAUCCAGAUGAGCUCAGACCAAUCCUGAGCCAAGUGAAGCAAAAGACUCCAAUCAUACUUCCUGGCUUUGAGGCGGUCAGUGUUCCUGAUGAGCUCAGUGGACAGUAUUCAAGCGAGAGUUCCCAGAUGGAGACCAAGCUCAGCGGUAUUACAGUGUCUUCUGUGGGCAAGAGAGACUCGCUGCUGGGAAAGACUCCUGAGCUGAAAGACAGGAGGUCCGCAAAGACCUCCAAGCCAGUUUCUACAAAACUGGAUUUUGGCUCUCCCAAACCUCCCCGCAGACAGGUUUUGGAGGAAGAGGCCUCUAUUGAUUUUGUCUUCAUUCCUCCUGAGACGAAAGAGAGAGUAUUAACAGAGCACCAGAAGGAAGUGAAGAGGACUAAAAGGGUCGACAUCCCAGCCAUGUAUAACAACCUUGAUGCUUCUAUGGAUACCACAGUGUUCAGCCAGUACACACAGAGCCAAGAAGAUUCAGCGGGCAAACUGCCAACUGAACAAGAGGACAUGGUUGCCAAGGAGGCUCCAGGCAAGGUUUCUCAGGAAGCUGUGGCAAAUGAGGAAGAAGCUGACGUUCAAACAAAAGACACUCAAGACUACGUGAGCCCCACAGCAGUGGAGAAUCAGACAGAAAACCACAAAGAGGAAGAGAUGAUACCCGAGUCGGCAGAUGUUUCAAUGGAGGAUGACGCCAAGAAUGAGGUCAGCACAGAAGACAUGGAUACAAAUGCUAAAGAGGGCACCAGUCCCAACAUCUCAGGCUCUUCAGAUUUGGUCUCAGGAACUCCUCAGAAACCCUGCAGCCGCCGCCAGUCCUUUAUUACUUUGGAGAAGUACACUGAGGGUAAACCUGCUAGCCCCAAAUCUACGUUUACAGGUCCCCUCAUAAAGACCUCCAAUAGCCAAGAACGCAGUGACAGCCUCAAAACUUCCACCCCUCAAGCUUCCCAGACAGUCACUGGCCCAAACUCUCAGGACUGUCAUUCCUCACAGACAGGACAAAUUAACUCGCAGUGUCUUGAAAACAAUCUCCAAGAGUCUCCUCGAAGGCCCAAAGUAGACUCUGGGAAGAAAAGUAAGCCUGUAAGGCUAACUGAUAGACUGCCAAGUGAUGCAACAGAGGAUGAAGACGUUAUCCCAGACACUCAGACUGAAGCAGAGGUUAAGGAGAGUACAGAAAAGUCUUCUACAUUAGAGGAAAUGAACCCCUCAAGCCAGGAAGGUGAAUCUCAACAGAGUCUGGAUGAAUCUCAAUCCUCCGAGACCCAGACCUCUUCAGGUGAACCCAGGCGGUCAGGACGCCCCAGAGUCAGACCUCUGCUGCCUGGAGAGAAUCCAGAGGAACAGGAAGAGAAAUACACGCAUUCGAAAAGGAGACGUUCUGGAGAGGAAAAUAAAGGGUCAACCCCACAACAAGGCAGACCAAACACGAGAAGUAAACAGGCUGCUGAGGAGGAUAGUGGCAGAAGACGAACAAGAGCUCAGAGCGACUUGAACAAGUCCAGUCAAACGAACUCUCAGGGUAGAUCGUCGAAGAAGAUCAGACUGUUCAGCAAUUCUCAGGAUUUCCUUGCUAUACCUGAACACAAAAGGAGAAGUGCCAGAGAUCAGGAGUCCAGCCAAACUGACCCACAGUCAGACACACAAUCUGAGCAUGAAAGUCAGUCACAGAAAAAGCCUGUGGGUCGUCCACGCAAAUCAUUGGAGAAUAAGGUUUUACCUGAGAAAGAGUCCAGCCAAACUGCCACACCUGAGCUUGAGCUUGUGGAACAGUCCAAAAAGAAUGAAGAUGAGUCAAAUAAAGAUUCUCAAAUGGUCACUUCAUCUCCUCAAACUGAUAAAGAAUCCCAAGAGCUCAAGCAUGUAGAACAGACCAAAAAUGAAAAGGUAGAUUCUCAGACAAUCUCCUCUUCCACAACUAAUGGAGAGUCCCAAGAUAAAACAAACACUACAAGCCAGUUGGUGAAUGAUUCAGAGGAGAUGGUCAAAGACCAAAACCAGACAGUAGAAGGUACAGAUGUCAACCUUAGUCAAGAGGACUCUCAAGUGAUCACACCGUCAUCUUCUGAUAGCCAGUCUUUGCGUAGAAGAAGAAGUAAGGCAUCAUCUGAGGCAGCAGAACUGUCGCAGGACUUAAGCAACUCAUCCAGAAGGCAGAGUAGGUCUAAUUCUCAGACAAUGGAGUCAGCUGUCAGUCAGGCAGAGCCUAAAAGUGGAGGUAGGACCAGAAGGAGCAAGGUACAAGAGGAACAAUCCAAGUCAAGUCCAGAGAACUCUCAAUCAUUAGAUAUUUCAGGAUCAAGCCAGUCCUCCCAAGGAAGGGGCAGAUAUUCUAGACGAAAAUCUUCUCCCGCGUUGGCAGCCAAUAUGCAGUCUUCAGAGUCUGAAUCUUUGGAGGCCAAAGAGACACCCUCAAUGCCCAAAAAGAGAGGGAGGAAAUCUCGAGCGCUGUCUCUUGCAAGUCCUCUCACUAUUGAACCCAAAGACAAGAUUGAUGGCAAUAUUGCUAAGGAUGAUUUGGAUAUUUCUCAAAAGGUAGAUUCACAAGGCAUAGAAACAACUAAUGUAACAGAUUUGGAUUCCCCAAAAAGCCAAGAUUUGCAGGACUCUGAAUCCCUCCAGGUUACAUGUAGCAUUGAGGAGCAAAGUAAUGAAGGGGGACAAAUGGAGGUGGAGGCUGGUAUUGCUGUACCAUCAGAGCCUGUUGUCCUGGACAAAACUGACACUGAAAACACAAAGGACAGCAGCAUGUCACCUUGCAAGAAGGCCGAAACAAAUGCUGAUUCUACAUCACAAGAAAGUGACAUUGGAGACUCACAACCGGCUGAAAUGCUUGAAUCGGUUGGGAUCAGCACUGAACCAAUUCAGGAAGACUUACCCUGUGGCACCUAUGAUUUGUCUGCUGUGGACAUACCUGCUGAGACAACAGAGGAACCACCGGCCUCAGCGUCUUCAAAGGAGAAAGUGGCCGAAGUGGCCGACCCCGAUGACGCGGUUACAGAAAACGAAACCUGUGAUUUGUCUGCUGUGGACAUACCUGCUGAGACAACAGAGGAACCACUGGCCUCAGCGUCUUCACAGGAGAAAGUGGCCGAAGUGGCCGACCCCGAUGACGCGGUUACAGAAAACGAAACCUGUGAUUUGUCUGCUGUGGACAUACCUGCUGAGACAACAGAGGAACCACAGGCCUCAGCGUCUUCAAAGGAGAAAAUGGCCGAGCCCGAUGACACGGUUAUAGAAAACGAAAAGGAUUUGGAUGAAGACCACCAAGAACAUCCAGUAGAGGACACUCCCCGUACCUCUUCUGGACAAAACCCGGAGGAGUAUCCAGAUGUCAUUGAUGAGCCUUCAAUGGAGGAGGAACAGCCUGCUCCCGUCGAAGAAGACAAAUCAACAAACCAGCUCACAGAGGCCAGUGCCGGUGAAGACGUCACACCUCUGCAGGACAGCAGUGAUGACAACAAAACCCAGAUUCUGGAGUGUCAGGAUGGAGAGAAAACUCAGACUUCGAACUCUGAAAACGAAGGAGUCGCAACUUCAGAUGCUGCUCUGAAUGACGUUUUUGCCACUUCAGUCACUUUAGAACCGACAACCAAACAUGUUUUCCAAGAAUCUCCAAUGAAGCAGAAAGACCUAGAGGCUUUGAUGGAGCCUGACGUUGGUCAAAGUCCCAUCAGUGGCAGGACCAGAGGAACCUGGUCUCCCUCAGCCUCCCCUUCUACUAGUAUUCUUAAAAAGGGCCAGAAAAGACCACUAGAAGAGGAGACUCCCUCACCUCUUAUCAAGUCCCGCCGUGUGUCUUUUGCUGAUCCCAUCCAGCAGCAGGAAACUGCAGAUGACAUCGAUCGUCGCAGUCCGGCCAUCAGAACCAGCUCCCCCAGAAGAUCCAGAAUUAGCAACAUCCCACAGCCAAAAUAUAUUACAACUCCAACGAAGGGUCUGCUGAUGCUGAGUCCCAGAAAUCUACACAGUCCAGGUUACAAGAGCUCCAAGAAAUGCCUGAUUUCUGAAAUGAGCCAGGAGCCUCGACCUGUCUCCAAAGACUGUAUCUACCCUGCCCUUGUUGGCUGCUCUGCACCCGUAGAAGCUGUGCUGCCUCAGAUAUCCUCCAACAUGUGGUCUCGGGGUUUUGGGCAGCUUGUGCGAGCCAGAAACAUCAAAACAGUGGGUGACCUCAGUGCUCUGACUCCCGGUGAAAUCAAGACUCUGCCAAUUCGCUCCCCAAAGAUCUCAAAUGUCAAGAAGGCACUUAAAAGCUAUGAACAACAGCGUAAAGGACGAGGUCUUGAGGAGUUGAAGAGUUUUGAUGAAACGGAGAUGAUGACCUCUGAACUGGAAGAGACGAGCACUCCUCACAACCAGGAUGAGGAGGAUAAGACCUCAGGCGAGACACUAGCCACAGAGCUGGUGGACGAGCCCAUUCCUGUGGAUGGGAGGAUGGAGGAGAACCGCUCCGGGAAUCUGAAGCUUGACCUGCUGGCUGCAGGGGAUCGGCCUAAAGGACUUCUGUCAGAGGUGGAGGCUCUGACCUGCAGGAUGUCACCUCUAGAACUCAAUCGCUGCUCACCACAGCAGCUCGUUCAGAUGCACGAUCAGUUAGGAGGGAUGAUGAGGCGCGUGGUGGUGGAGCUGCAGACACGGGUCUGCCAGACAGAUAGCAAACCUUGAAGAGACUAAUGCUUCUGCUGGAAGAGACGGCAGCACAGGCAUAAAAGGCACAGGAAAAGACCAAACUGUUGGAUUCAUUGAGACAUUCUCUGCAAAAAUACAUCAUUGCUCAAGUUAAAUGAACUGAAUUGACAAAGGAGGAUUUUAUGCUUUUAACUGGGUAUGGUUUCCCCCUUUUAUCUGCUUUAAAUAUUUUAAAAUAAAUACUUUUAUUUUAUGAUCUCAUUUCUCGAGCUGUAAUGCAGCAUAUUUUUAGAGACACUCAAAGGGAAGCACAGUCACACUUUUUAAGCUGUGUCAGAAGAGGAAGUCAUGUUUUUUUUUUUUAGUAGUGAUAGUUGGAGAGGAUGGUUUUUUCCUACUUUCCUGUAUAGACUUUGUAAUAAAAGACUGAUGGAAGACAAAUGUAUGUAGAAGAAAAAUAACUUUUUUUCCUCUACACCUUUUGAAUUUUCUACAUACUUUCUCUCAUGUCAAUUAAUUCCUUCAUUCCUCAGUGUGCCUGUUUUUAGGCUGUUUACAGUUCAUCUGUGCCUUUGUAUAUUUUGUAGCAUUUCUGUCAUCUCACUUAAUGUCUUCUCACAUUUUUUUUUAAUGAAAUAGACGGUCUGCACUUCAGUAUUUGUGGUUUUAAAUACUUCAAUAAAAUACAGAA